UAUCAAUUGGAGUGGAACCAUUUUCAUUUUAAGUUGAAAAUAAAACCCAUAUGAAUCAUUUUGUCGCACUGAAACUGCAACUUGUUGUUCAAGUAGUCAGCGUGAAACGCGCUUCAAGCCUAAUUAAUAUUCCGUAUUCUUUACGCUUGAAAAGCAUAAUUCAUUUAGCAUUCAUACAAAGCAAGCUAAACUGUUCAUUCAUCAUCAUCGUCACCUUGAUGUUGUAUGCAGCAACAGUAGGCUUCAUAGUGCUUGUGGGUGGAAAUACUGCAGGCGUUGAGGGGCGAGUGGUGUAUGUGUAGAUACCGAAAAACGAAACGUGUGGAGGUAGCAUAAUAGUACCUCAAACUCUGUCUCUCUCUAUCUCUCCAGUAAGUACUGCGCCUGUGGUAUGCUUGCCGUUGCCAUUAGCAACUGGUGGGAGCCGAACUGUUGCGUUUAUGUGCUGUGAUCGGUGAGAUAACGGGAGCAGGGCUUUAGGGUUCUCGCGAGCGAGCUUUUUGUCUAGAUCAGCUCGGUAAGUGUUCGCCGACUGUGGCCUCAAAACAACGGUAUUAGGCAGGUAUAUCUUUCGAGAACAUAGUUUUCGAUAAAAUAAACAAACCAAUAUGUUCUAUAGAUUCGAGGGUUCAAUAUGUACUCCAAUUAUAUUGAACAAUAUAGAAUUGAACUAAGGAAUGUUUUAAUAUGGCAUGUGAUAUUAAGGUGUGGCCAGACAAAAACAUAAAACACGUAUUAUUUAUUGUCUGGUUGUGGCAAGUUCCGCAAAGAACGAAUACGUUAAAAAUUAAAUUUGCGAUCAAUUUUUCAGACAAUGAUCCUUCCUUCCUUUUAGCAUUUUAAACAUUGCUUUGAUAGAGAGUUUGAAAAAAAAACAGCAAAAGGAAAUUGUUACGAUAAUUCAAAAAGCAAAGCAGGAAGUAUCUUAGUUUUCCAGUAAAAGUGACUACUCGCCAUACAAUCCAUGGAUUGGGCUAACAUCGAUAUCGUCGCUUCAUUUCUCAGAAACAGUACAGUAUCAUAACUGGCUUGAAAGUCUUGUUUAAGCAAAAUAAAAAUUCCAAUUGAAUAUUCCUCUUUUCAUCCUACCAUUUGAGCCAAUGAAUCGAACAGGGACAUCACAUGUGACUCUAACUAAAGAGCACAAAUGGUUGGGAUGUAUAGAGUGACAGAAGUGGAUUAAAGAUCAUUUACCCUACCAUGUAGAUGACGACGUAGUGUUGUGAUAUGACUUCGCAUGUUCAUAUACGUCUUUAAUACGAUAGAAGGUCUUUCGACGCCUGUGCUAUCCAAAAACCCUAACCACCCAAUAUUCCUCAGCUGUUUCCAAAUAUUCUAAUAAAUUUCUUAUAAAAAAGAAUCUACUCGAUUAACUUUAUGCCAAAUAAUAACAGAAUUUAUUAGAAUAAUUUGAACAAAAGGCGAAAAUUAGGCAAAAUACCUAAUUGGCUAACCUGACUGCCGUAAAGCUUCUUCACGCGCAUUUCUAGCUCGUUUCGAAAAAGGCUUUUCUGGCCGCAUGAGACCGUGCUGAGGGUGUCUCAAACCGAUUUGCUCAACAUGGUUCUUAUCUACAGUCAGAUGGGUGAACGUAGAAAAGAAACUCGAUAUUAUCAAAAUCGGUAUCACACAUCUUAUCGUAUUCGAAAUCAAAACAUACCCUCAUACUCGUCCAGUAACUGUGAUUAUGGUACCAGUCUUUCGUUAGUCGCUCGAAAGUUAAAACCCUUUCACGCCAUAAGCGGUCACCUGCUCCCGGUUUUGUCGAAACUGUCAUGUGAUUAUAUUUUUCUGGAUUGAUUAGGAAAACCGAAAACAUCAAGUAUUCGUGUGCCAAAAUGACUGACCAGCUGAACUUGCAGCGUGAGCGCUACCCGGGGGCUGAACGAAACCGUCGUGCUAAACUGAAAUUUUUUUCCGAAUUAAAAAGCUUCUACAAGGAAAAACAAAAAGCCUUCAUAGAAUCUAUUUCAUCGGAGGAAAAGAAAGAAGAACCAAAGGUGGAUCUGUCUGUUCCCGGUACUCCUGUUUGCUCUCGUUACUUGCGAUCGCUGUCGCGACGUCAAUCCGAGUCGGAAGAGGCACAACAGGAACCUGUUCAGCUACCAAAUGAAAUUCUCAUUAGCAGUAUGGUCAUCGAUAAAUGUUUGAAGGACAUGAAGGCUCUGAACGCUGAUGAAGAGGAACAACAUGCCGAAGUUGUUCACAUCGAGGAAGAUAAAACGGAUAACGAAGAUAUAGAAAACGAAACGGACAGCGGAACAAAACCAGAAAAUUUAACGCAACAGUAUUUCAACGAAUCGGAGGAAAAACAUGCCUAUCAACGGACUUUUAGCGAAGUUGUGCAGACGUUACAUCGUGGUGAAGUUCGGAGCCCUGUAGUGAAACGUUACUUCAAUGAAUCAACGGCUAAUAAUAGUUACAGCCGAAAUUUCAAUGAAGCAUUUUCGGAACUAGAUCCUGAAAAGCUGCGACCCGAUCCUUUACUGAUCGAUUCAGAGAUCAUUACUAAAGGAUACAAAACGUCAGUGCCGGGAACGCCAAUAUGCUCGACCCAUCUGAACAAGUUGAAGAAACACAAUUACAUAAGUGACUCUUCGGACGACGAAAAGAAUGACGUCCCGAAAAACCGAACUGAUAUCGCUAUAGCUGACCCUCUGGAAAAGUUUAUUAAAGAUAUGGAGCAACUCAAAUUGAACAAGGACAAUGAUAUAAUCGAAAGGAAGCCUCUGAAUACUUUUGCAGUGGACGAGUAUUUAGCAUCAUCUGAAGAAAAGAAAACGUAUGCCAGAACUUUCUCCCAAGCAGCACAAACUUUGUAUGCGAGCGAAGUGAAAAGUCCGACAGUGAAGCAAUACUUUGACCAGUCCGAAUUAAAAAAAACCUUCCGCCGUGAUUUUUCCGAAGUUUAUCAGGAAAUAAACAAGGCAGAGUUACCAAUAAAUAUGGAUUCAACAAUCGCCAACACAGUACCAAUGGAGAAAAAUGAUAUUGCAGAAUAUCCCAUACAAAAAAUCGAUUCAUUGGAAGAGUUAUUCGAAAAACAUCCUCAGGAGGAGAAAAACAACAUGGAGCCUGUCAAAGAGUUUUGCGCUAAAUCGUAUUUGACAUCAUCGGAAGCUAGAAAAACCUAUUCGAGGACUUUUUCCGAAGCAGCACAAUCUAUCAAUACCAGACAUGUAGAAAAUUCAGCUAUUCAAAACUAUUUCGAUCAAUCCGAAACAAAAAAAACCUUCCGUCGAGGGUUUUCCGAAGCAUACCAAGAAGUGGACAUAAAAGAGAUCACUCCUAAUGUUAUACCAUCAAGCCGGGCCUUAGAGCUAGCUUCAAAUGAGCUUCAUGAGAUUACGAAACAAAACAGUAAUUCAAUUUCAUGCUCCAGUGCUGUAGAUGGUACGGAAAUAUCAGCAAAUGUAGUUAUGUUAACGGAUGAGAACCCAUCGAUCAAACAAACGAAAAGAAGUAUCUCCGUCCCAGGAACACCAAUUAAUUCGAGAAAAUUAUACCCAAAGGAUAAACAGCAACGUCCCAUCAACGAGUCCAAGCCAAAGUAUGACACGUCUACAACUGCCCAUUCUGUACGAGCCCGUGCAGUAUCCGCUACGGAAAAUAGCAUGGAGAAAGAAUUUUGGAAGAGCUUCGGAGCUGCAGCAGUAUAAUUUACAACCAAUAUGACAUGUAGAUAAAGAAAAAAAUAGAAAUUUAAAUAAACGGUCAAUUUUAAUCAACAAAAGUUUCAUACUGUUGUCAUGAAAAAAAAUUGAGGUUUCUCGUCAAACAAUGGCUUAAAUUAGUUUUUAGGGGCAAACUGAAUAAAGUGAGUUGAGCUGAAUGACGCCGCACUUUAAUAUUUCAACUGAAGACUCCGUUUAGGUAGCUCUACAUUGUUAUCCGAUAUCCAAACAAUAAAUAAAAUAAUAACAA